CAGGUUCCCUGCAGGAGGGCGAGUCUGCUGCAGCCUCUGCUCAGGGCGCUCUGGGAGGGUCAGAGGAGGAGAGAUGAGGGAUGGUGUUGGAAGGCAGCACUGACGUGGGGACCCCAGGAUCCCUGGGCCUCCGGCAGACCAGCUCCAAAGCCCCCCGAAUCCUGCCCGCUCCUCCGUCUGACAAUUUGCUGCUGGGCAAGGAGCCUGUCAAGUAUGGGGAACUCAUCGUGCUGGGCUACAAUGGGUCCCUGGCCAGUGGGGACAAGGGCCGCCGCCGCAGCCGCCUGGCACUGAGCCGGAGACCCCAGGCCAAUGGGGUGAAGCCUGACGUCGUUCACCAUAUCUCUACCCCACUUGUGUCCAAAGCACUGAGUAACCGGGGCCAACACAGUAUCUCCUACACACUGUCUCGGAGCCACUCGGUCAUCGUAGAAUACACCCACGACAAUGACACAGACAUGUUCCAGAUCGGCCGCUCUACGGAGAAUAUGAUCGACUUCGUGGUCACUGACACCACCCCGGGGGGAGUGGCCGGGGAGGGCCCAGCCGCCCAGAGCACCAUCUCACGGUACGCCUGCCGGGUCAUCUGUGAGCGCUGGCCCCCCUACACAGCACGGAUCUAUGCCGCUGGCUUUGAUGCUUCCAGCAACAUCUUCCUUGGAGAGCGGGCAGCCAAGUGGCGGACUCCAGAUGGGCUGAUGGACGGUCUGACCACCAAUGGUGUCCUGGUGAUGCACCCGGCCGGCGGCUUCUCCGAGGGCUCCAUGCCUGGUGUCUGGAGGGAAAUCUCUGUCUGCGGAAAUGUGUACACUCUGCGGGAUAGCCGCUCUGCCCAGCAGCGGGGGAAGCUGGUGGAGAACGAGUCCAAUGUGCUCCGGGACGGCUCCCUCAUCGACCUGUGCGGGGCCACCCUGUUGUGGCGAACGCCAGCCGGCCUGCUUCGGGCACCCACCCUGAAGCAGCUGGAGGCCCAGAGGCAGGAGGCCAACGCCGCCCGGCCCCAGUGUCCGGUGGGGCUCAGCACCCUGGCUUUCCCCAGCCCGGCCCGGGGCCGAGACGUCCCCGACAAGCAGCAGCCGUGGGUGUACGUGCGCUGCGGCCACGUCCACGGCUACCACAGCUGGGGCUGCCGGCGGGAGCGGGGGCCGCAGGAACGCGAGUGCCCCCUGUGCCGCCUGGUGGGGCCCUACGUGCCCUUGUGGCUGGGCCAGGAGGCGGGGCUGUGCCUGGACCCUGGGCCUCCGAGCCAUGCCUUCGCGCCCUGCGGCCACGUCUGCUCGGAGAAAACUGCCCGCUACUGGGCGCAGACACCGCUGCCGCACGGCACCCACGCCUUCCACGCCGCCUGUCCCUUCUGUGGGGCCUGGCUCACAGGGGAGAGCGGCUGUGUCCGCCUUAUCUUCCAGGGCCCACUGGACUAGGGCAGGGGUCUGGGCCCCCCCAGGACCUGCUCUCUUCCUCCCGCUGUAUCAGACCCGAGAGACUGCCCGGGUGGGACUGAACGGCGCCCCGAGCCCCGGCUGUGCUGACUUGUGCUGCCCGCGAGAUGAUGCGGUUCCCCCCCAGGACGUCUGCCCGGAUGCUUGCCCAGACUGAGGGGGGUCCGGGCGGGGGAGGAGCGCAGAUCCUGUCCCCAGAUCUGUGCCAGCCUCCGGUGUUGGGUCUCCUGGAUUGGCCCAGGGGAGGGCUCGCGGCUCCCUGCCGUUCACCUGAUGGAUGGACCAGGCCCCCGGCUCCAGGACUGCCCCUCUAGCUUCGUCGGAUCCCCGGGGACGCCUCCGCCCCGCACGCCCCCCAUCAUGCCGUGUAACACUGUGCCCUGGCGGAAGGGAAGGAGGGAGUCUGGGAGGGUGGCAUCCCCUCCCCCCUGCCCUGCCGUGCUGCUCGCCCGUACCAGGCCUGAGCCCUUUGCCGUUUCCAGCUGCUCACAUCUGCCUGCUGCUAUUCCCCGGGUCUCGUGAUAAAGCUCGCUG